AUGCCGAUAUCAACUAUUUCCAACAUAACUUUUACAACAAGUAAUAAUACGAAUGAUAGACUACAAGUAUCAUGGUCUCCUCGUGAUCCACCUGUAUUAGAUAUUUUUGUUCGCACUUGGCGUGGUGAUGGUCAUUGGUUGAUAUAUCUACUACGUUCAAUUGAAAAAUAUGUACCACGUACACUCUAUCGUAAUAUAAUAAUAACGUUUCCGUUCACUGAAACCUCUUAUUUUCAAUCAUAUUUACCGUUCUUUUCUUUACCUAUAAAAUUAAUACAAAGCAACGAUGUUUAUAUUAAGAAUGGUCCUAAUAACGGUAGUUAUUACUCUCAAAUGUAUGUCAAAUUUCAUGCAUAUCAAUACAGCGAUGCUGAUUUUUUUAUUCAUAUGGAUUCGGAUACUAUGUUUAAAGAACCUAUUAGUCGACGAGAUUUACUUGAUGAACACAAUAGAGUAUAUGUGAAGCGGGUGAAAUUUGAUACAAUGGCAGCUAACUUCCGAGUUUGGCAAAAACCUGCAGAAAAAAUAUUAUUAGAAAGUGUUCCAUAUGAGACUAUGACAGGUUUUCCAUUCGUUUUUCCACGUGAUUUAUAUGAAAAUACUAUACGUCUUAUUGAAAAACGUCAUAACAAGCCGAUGCUUGCAGCUGUAAGAUCAGUGCGGGAUUUCAUUGAAUUUACCACAUUGGGACAUUAUUUGAUUACACAUAUGUCUAACAAUAGAUGGGUAGACAAUGAUAAUAAAUCAUCUAAAGUUGUUCAAUCGUGGUCAUGGGGAGGUUUUGGACCAACACAAGUGGCAUGGUACGAAUGCCUUCUAAGAGCGAAAGAUAAUAAAAUGUGUCAUCUGCAACCCUCUGCGACUGACCUACAUUAA